AGAGGCUUCCCCCCCGCCCCUUUCCGGCGCCGUUUCGAUCUUGCCCCGGGGACGGGUUCAGUCCGAGAACGGCGUGCCCCGGUUUCGGCUACGGUUUCGGGCUUCGAAUUUACGUUAGAACAACAUUUGUUUUGCGCUCACACACCUGGGAAUGUGCCUUCGGCGGUUGUGAAGGCUUUAACUGGGAUGCGUGACACCCGUUCACAACAACAACAACAACAACAAGCGGGUCAAAAACCGGAGAACCAGUGGCCAGACAUUGUCAUUUGAGUUCCCCUCAACCUCCCCCUUAGCUGCCGAAUCGGAGGCUCUGGACUGGGGGCCGGCCCGCACCUCUGUAGUUCCUAUACAAGACGUCUGGGGCUGGAGGGCGUAGCUAACUCUGCUCCAACAGCUACGCGAAGACUUUUAUUUUGAAAAAAAAAACCAACGUAAUUACGCACUCGGCGAUCAGCUGACUGAAUUGUUGACAAAGCAAAACCGACCAGCCGGCGGCUUCGGCGAUGAGAUGCUGUUGGGACUGUAACGACUGCGGCGUCCGGUGGUCACUUCACGGCUCCCUGCGCUGCUGUAGAGUCUCCCCCCUCCGUGAUUCCUUCCUUCCUGCCCGCACGGUCGCACGGUCGCCACCUCGCGCGGCGGCAGCGGCAGCAUCGGUAGCGGCGGCGGCGGCGGCUCUUGUUGACUUUUCUUCGGAGAGUUUCUUGCCCCGACCUCGUGAUCCAUGUGAAGCGGGCGAACGGGCCGGAGAAGGUAAACCCCGGGACACGUCGCUGCCGUCGGUAUGGACAUCCAGAGCGAGAGGAGGAGGCUGCUGGACGACGAGGGCGGAGAUGAGGAUCCUACGGGACUCAUGUCUGAGCAGGCUGCUUAUCUGAGCAAAGUGAAGAACAGGAAGCUGUACCUGGCAACGUUUGCGUCCGUUCUGGGUCCCAUGAGCUUCGGGUUCGUGUUGGGCUACAGCUCCCCCGCCAUCCCCGAACUCACCAAGAUCGCUGACCCGCGGCUGCGGCUGGACAACGACCAGGCCUCCUGGUUUGGGUCCAUAGUGACGGUGGGCGCAGCGGCGGGCGGCCUGCUGGGCGGCUGGAUGGUGGAGAAGAUCGGCAGGAAGCUCAGCCUGAUGUUCUGCUCGCUGCCCUUCGUCUUCGGUUUCACCAUCAUCAUCGCCGCACAGAACGUGUGGAUGCUCUACCUCGGCAGAGUGCUCACCGGCCUCGCCAGCGGCGUCACGUCGCUGGUCGUCCCGCUGUAUAUCUCUGAGAUGGCACACGAACGGGUCCGUGGGACGUUAGGCGCCUGUGUGCAGCUCAUGGUGGUGCUAGGCAUCAUGGGGGUUUAUUUCGCAGGACUUUACCUGGACUGGCGCUGGCUGGCGAUCUGCAGCUCCAUCCCGCCGACGCUGCUGAUGGUCUGCAUGUGCUUCAUGCCGGAGACGCCUCGCUUCCUGCUGUCGCAGGGCAAGAGGCGCGAGGCCGAGGAGGCGCUGCGCUUCCUGCGGGGACCGGACGCCACCGUGGAAUGGGAGUGCGCUCGCAUCGAGGACGCCUGUGAGGAGCAGGGCUCUAGUUUCCAGAUGUCCGACCUGCAGGACCCUGGUGUCUACAAGCCCCUGGUGAUCGGCCUCAUGCUGAUGAUCUUUCAGCAGAUGACGGGGAUCAAUGCUAUCAUGUUCUAUGCGGAGAACAUAUUUGAACAAGCGCAUUUUAAGGAGAGCGACCUGGCCUCAGUGAUCGUGGGUCUGAUCCAGGUGGUCUUUACUGCAGUAGCAGCGCUGAUCAUGGACAGGGCUGGAAGGAAAGUCCUUCUCAUCAUAUCAGGCGUUGCCAUGGCGAUCAGCACCACGGCAUUCGGGGUAUACUUCUACUUGAUGUCCAAACUCCACAGCACCACCUCCCCGAGCCUCUUGAUGCUGGGCAUCCAGAGCACGGCCGGUGUAGAACCCCACGCUGACCUGGCCUGGCUGGCCCUGGCCAGCAUGGCCGUCUUCAUCACAGGUUUUGCUCUGGGUUGGGGUCCGAUCCCGUGGCUGGUCAUGUCGGAGAUUUUCCCCGUCAAAGUGAGAGGGUUUGCCAGCGCUCUCUGCGUCCUUACCAACUGGAGCAUGGCUUUCAUCGUCACCAAAACCUUCCAAGAUAUGAUGAGUCUUCUCACCAGCGCCGGGACCUUCUGGUUGUUCGCCUGCAUGUGCACCCUCAAUGUCGUCUUCACCACGGCCUUCAUCCCAGAGACCAAGGGCAAGACACUGGAGCAAAUCGAAGCCACAUUCAGAGGGACUUCAGGUCCAUGAACAUCACGCGUUAAAGACCGACAGAUCUCUGAUCUCAUAUUUCUGAACUGACACUGUGUGGUAGUUUUAAAACCUUAGUUAAGCCUAUGAGGCUGAUUGAGACACUUUCUUAUCCUUUUUUUUUGUUACAGAAACAGAACUAAUCCAGAUUAAUACGACAGCGCUGCAAUGAAUCCUCCCUCCAUGAAGGUUAUGAUGUUCGGUUUCUGUUGAAACGGUUUUAAGGAGGUGCUGAUUUACCUGUAUGAGGGUUUUGGAGGAUGUAGUUUGCAGUGCUGUUGAGCUGUAUCGCUUUUUACUAAAACGUGUUUCUAAUAUUUUGUCCGUCCCAUUUACAUCAGUGAGGUUAAACUAAACUGGCAGCUGGGUGUAAAUCAUCUGUGUUUGUAGGAAGUCAAUCAAAGAAUUCGAUAAUCAGGCCACGAAAUACAGUCUUCCACAGGUUAAACCCUUUACAUUUUAAGUUGUGCAGAUAAACGCCACAUCCAACAGCAACAAAAGAAACCGAAGGGCAUUUUAAAAACUCGGUUGCAGACUGACUCCCAGUGACUCCCAUUUUCAGCACAGGUUUAGAUCUUUCUCAAAAGCCCCUGAGAUGGGAUACUCCGACUGCGGCGGGACACGGAGCUCGUGAAGCCCAGUGACACGGCUGUACACUGCCCCCUGCAGGUUUCACUGCCGUAAUUCACCUCUAAGUCUACACAUCCAGAUCGGUGAAGUUGUUCCCUGCAGGUUUCAAAGUUGCUCAGGUGCUGGGCAGUUUGACAGUUUUAAUAUUUGCACUAAAAUUCUCCAGAGAGUUUGAAUACUGGAAUCCAGGAACAUAGUAAAGGUGAUAUGUCACACAGGGGUCUCUGUUCUUCGGAGUCUGAAUUAUUUACCGUGACGCAUCAGAGCAAAUGGUGGUAAAGGUAUACUCCAUCCAAAACGUAACUCGCUGAGGUUUUUAUCGUCUUUAAAGGUCCCUUUAAAGGUUUGUUUUUCCAUCUUUUAAAGAGAAAAGAGAGGUAAUUCUUAAUUAAUGGCAUUAUAAUGGAUUCCAGUGGUGCAGAGUUUUUGUUGUGGUGGGGGGGCACGUCAAAAUGUCCAUAGGUGUUUCUCAAACUGCAGCUGCAGCGUAAUCUACUUUCUUCUCUCUUCUCCCAUGUUCCCAGUGCGUUGUGGUUCCAGAUCUCGCCAGUCAUGGUUAAAACACAGCUUCCGUCUCGAUCCUCAUGUACUGAGUUUGCUAAUUCGACAGGUUAACUCCAUGAUAGUUUUCUACUCUUAGCAUAGGUUUGGACCUUUUUUUUGCCACCUUAAUUCCCCUUUGAAAAAAGCUUGAACAAUGCGGAAGCACGCAGAUACUUGUGCACAUACUCGUGUUAACUCAGUUUGAUUCAGUGCAAAACUGCUAUGGCACUGAAGUAUGUCCCCUCCUUUACCAGAUAACAGCAGCGUCUGUUCUUGCUCCUCAGAUUGAACGUGUCUUUGGUGACUUUUGCAGAAAGCAAACAAAAAAGAUAAAUUCAUUGAGAAGCGAAUGCAUCACGAAGGUACUGGAGUCGGCCGUUUCCACUGACUGGACUGUGCCGAGUGUUCAUUUGACUGUGUAGUUUACAUCGUCCGAGAAAUGAGGGGAAAUUAAACAGAUUCUGCCAACUGUGAACUCUCUGUAGAGGAAUAUGGGUGUGUUUUUGUAAGGAUUUUCUCUUGGGAUAUUCUUGUAAAGGAAAUGGUUUAAACAUAUCUGACUUGUACACACUUGGGAUAGUGAUGAUAUUUGAUUUCAUACGUAAAAAGAAGUGACUUGUCUGUAGAAAACAGAUUGUCCAACUCCUUUUUUUCUUUUUUUUUUUUUUUUCAGUUUAUAUGAUUUUUAUGGGGUUUGAUUGCUUUGAGUUCAGUGUGAAGCUAUGAAAUAGAUAAAUCAUACCACUCUUUAAACCAAUUUUCUGGUGGCUGGAUGAUUGUAAUAUAAUAUAAAAAUCCACUCUGCGUUCAGUCUGAACAGAAUAAAAUAAACUCUUUGUUCCAGUUUUUGUUCAUUAUCCCGGUGUGAGAUUGAAUCGUGCCAUGAACUGUGUCUGUGAAUAAAAUCACUUG